AAUACUUAGAGACAGCUCUGCACAUACGGAACCUUCGUUUCCGAUUUGUUGACAACCGGCCCGUUUGGAUGUUACACCUCAGACGCUUCCCCUGAAACAAGCGAACUCAUUCAAGGGUUUGUAGCUCGAGGUGCUGUGUUAAACGUUAAAAGAUGUUUUUGACAAGAUCGGAAUAUGACAGAGGUGUGAACACAUUCUCUCCUGAAGGAAGAUUGUUCCAGGUUGAAUAUGCCAUAGAGGCCAUUAAAUUGGGCUCCACAGCCAUCGGUAUCCAGACGUCAGAGGGAGUGUGUCUGGCUGUGGAGAAAAGGAUCACCUCUCCACUGAUGGAGCCCAACAGCAUUGAAAAGAUUGUGGAGAUUGACAGUCACAUUGGUUGCGCCAUGAGUGGCUUGAUAGCUGAUGCCAAGACUCUAAUCGACAAAGCAAGAGUGGAAACACAGAACCACUGGUUCACUUACAAUGAGACAAUGACAGUGGAGAGUGUGACUCAGGCUGUGUCCAACCUGGCGCUGCAGUUUGGAGAGGAGGACGCUGAUCCCGGUGCCAUGAGUCGACCAUUCGGCGUAGCACUUCUGUUCGGGGGAGUUGAUGAAAAAGGACCCCAGCUGUACCACAUGGACCCAUCAGGAACCUUUGUGCAGUGUGACGCUCGGGCCAUCGGCUCAGCGUCUGAGGGAGCACAGAGCUCUCUGCAAGAGGUCUACCACAAGUCCAUGACAUUAAAAGAAGCCAUCAAGUCAUCUCUCACCAUUCUGAAGCAGGUGAUGGAGGAGAAGCUCAACUCUACCAACAUUGAGCUGGCAACGGUAGAGCCCGGGAAGACCUUCCACAUGUAUUCCAAAGAGGAGCUGGAGGAUGUAAUCAAGGAUAUCUAAAGCAGAUAAGACUUGAAAGUCUUGGUUUGAGUUCUGUGCAGGACAGGAGAGGACAUGGAAGUACACCUGGGCUAAAUGUCACAACACAACCACAACUUGGCAUCAGCACAUUUUCCUUGCUGCAUUCAGAUUUUCUAUUGGAUUGCAUAAGAGGCUUCUCUUUUUAGUGUGCUAAUUUACUUGUCUCUCAGUAUCUGUACAGCAGUCUGUCCAGCACUUAAAACUGAGUGGCAAGAAAACAGUUGGG